AUGUCUCAAACAGCUUGCCCAGCCUCUGCCAUGGGCAAUUUUAGCCUACUUCCAUCCGAAAUUAUAUUCAAGAUCCUGGACGACAUUAUGUGGAGUACCCCAACACUGGUACAUGAAAACUUUUGCGCUAUUAACCAGCUGAUGAAAACUAACAAGCAAUUCUAUGCAUUCAUCAAAACAGGAUGGUUGGGCAAAAAGUCAUUUUCCUAUCUCAAGGACAGUGUGAAUGCGCUCGAAUGGUACCAAGACGCCGAGCACGCAUGGGAAACCCUACAAGCGCGUGGCAUAGAUUCCAGCAACGUGAUGCCAAUUGAAGGCCAUCCCGACUGCGAGCUCGAUCUCAUCACCGGUAUCAUUUUCGACGACUGCCCAGAAUGUUUCGAGUGGUUGGCCGAGAACCUUCCCCCAGCGUUGAUGAGCUGCUGCAACGCAGGCGGUUGGUCCUUCCUUUCUCUAGCAAUGCACGCCAAGUCCGAGAAGAUACUUGAUCGCUUGUUUCAGGCAGGCUACCCUCAUGAGCCGAGUGACUUUAUUUCCGGUAGAGCUAACGCUAUGUUGGCGGACCCGUCGAAUAUUGGUGUUGCUGCCUCCUCCAAGGACCACCGGUCUUUCACUAAGCUUUUCUUGACAUUGAGGGAAUUAUUGCAUGGGCGUGGCUUUAACAGAACUAUCAGGGAUCGCCUCUCGAAAUCAGAGAAAGUGGCUAUUCGAAGUGUUGCUCCUCCAGAGCUCCAGAAGUUGCUUUACAAUGCUGGAAUGAUGGUCCUGUACCCUUAUCUUCGAAAUGGCCCAAAUUUCACUACCGAGGGCAACGAAACGACUGAAUCUUCUCAUGAUUCGUAG